GAAAAUCACCGCUCUUGAUUAGCAAGCGGCGCCUGUUCCCUGCGGCUACCGAUGAGCGGUGCAGGUGGCCAUAAGCCAUGUCUGUAAAUGGCAAAUCUGACGCAAAGGCAGUGUCACCUACAGCGAUAGGCGCCUCUCUGGAUCUCGAGCUCUCAGACUUUGAUAGGCCUCAGCGUAGCAGCUCCAACGGCCAUGAGGUGCGCAACACAUCGCUGCCUCGGCUGCCUGUGGGAGAAGGCCACGAUGUUCGGGAGCUCGGCACGCCCUCUGAGCGCAUCCUGAACACCGCAGCCUACACAGCACGGGGGCUGGUGCGCUUGCUGGGCAUCGGCAUGAUGAUCUUUGUGCUGGUCAUUGCCAUCAUGAAUUGGCCUCCCUGGGUCAUCGAGAGCGAUCAUGCCAGGGUCCAAGUCAUGUCGAUGCUCUUUGCCAUUGGCCUCUUCAUCGUUGCUGUGGAGGACAUCGUGGGCAUCAACAAGUCGGCCAUGAUGAUGGUGCUGGCGGCGGUCAUGUGGACCUUCCUUGCUGUGGGCUACCACCCUAACAACUCCAAGGCGGGGUACAUGGAGCUUCAUGACGAGCUCAACCAUGGGCUCGAGGAAGUCGGCAGCGUUUUGCUCUUCCUGCUCCCUGCCAUGGGCGUGGUGGAAUCCAUCGACCACUUCGACGGCUUUGCCUUGGUGAACAUGACCAUCCGCAGAGCCAUCGAGGGGCGAAAGGAUCGGCUCAUGCCCAUCAUUUGCAUCCUGACAUUUAUGCUCAGCUCCGUAAUUGACAAUCUCACCUCCACCAUUGUGGCAGUGAAGAUCCUGCGGCGCUUGGCCCCGGACAACCAGGAGUACCGCCAGCUGUGCGGCGGUCUGGCAGUGAUCGCUGCCAAUGCUGGUGGAGCUUGGAGUCCCAUUGGUGACGUGACCACCACCAUGCUUUGGAUCCAGGAUCGCAUUUCUGCCGUGCAGACGGUGCUUUGGCUUUUCUUUCCGUCCUUAGUGGCUGGUGUUUUGCCCUUGUGGGGUUUGAGGUGCCAAGCAGCCCGCCUCAUGGCAGACGACGCAGAGACGCGGCACCGCCAGACGAAGG